GCAAGUCGAGGCGUAAUCAUUCCACACUUCGGCACUUCUCGAUCAACAUCGGAAAUAGUCGUGCAAGCUUUUGGAGUUGCUUAAUAUUUUCCGAGGUUUAUGAGUUCUACAUACCCUGUGCGGUUGAUUUUUCGACGCCUUGUGUUCGUCGUGUACUUGUGAUAACUGCAGGACCGUAUGAGCAAGAAACAACAAAAAUCCGGCGAAAUGCGAAUGGAUUUGGACACCCUUUCCCAGGCUGCGCUGAGUCAAUUUGACACGAGUUACUUCAACCAGUCGUUCUCUGGAUCAAAACCAUUCCCAGCUGUCUCAGAAGAACUCGCCAGGGCACUCACCAACUCCAUGGCAGUGUCCAACACUGACCUGUUCAUCGAUUGCGAACAAGGGGAUCUGCCAAACUUUGCAGGCAACAUGGAAGAUUUCGAAUACAAACACACGGUCACCGACCCAAGUUUUGAGCAUGAUCACAACAUGAACACCCGGAGCGACGCGAUGCCUCUGUGCUACCACGGCACCAUCACAACCACGGCACCGCAGAUGUCGCCAGAUCCUGACAGUCCUGACGGGUCUCCCAACUCGGGCUCUUGGUGGGCAACCACGGACCAAGGGAUGCUUACUCCAACAGUCAUCGGCAGCAUAGUCAGCAGGUCCAACACGCUCAUCAACGAGGCAGUACCCAGCGGUAGCCAGUCUUCAGAAACCCAACGCCUGAGCAGAGAGGAGUCUUACACCCCUACCAGCUCGUCCAGCUACGAUGUGAUCUGCACGGAACCUCUGCCAAUGUCAUCUCCCGACUUGGCCACCGAAACGGAACAACUACCCCCGUAUUCGUGCGCCUACACACAGGCCGCUGGACUGUCCUCGUUCGACACGCUGGUGGACACGCUCAGCAGUGCCGCCUGCGCUGCCGAAACACCGGUAUCACAACCAUCCGGCACAUUCGCCGAGCAGUGCAUCAAGAUCGAUGGGGUCCUCAAGUACACCUGGCCUGCCUCUUUGGAUUCAAGCUCGGCCUUUGGGCGACCAGUUCAGCAGCUGCCACAGCAUGUUGCAGUCACACAACACGCUCCCGUACACCAGCAUCCUCACCCCAUGAAAAUGUCACCAUCGUCAUCUCGCUCUCAAACCUCACCCGUACCCCAGGCUGUUCCCUGUCGGACUCACACGCACCAACUCGGUGAAGGUAUGUUGCUGCAAGUCUCCAAUCCAGUGGACAUCUUGAACCAACCCUACCCAUCAUCUCUCCCGACCUCCACCACAGGCAAAGCCCCCAAACCCCGAAAGUACGUGAAUCGUCCGGGUAAGACCCCACCACACGAGCGACCGUACGCUUGCCCUGCUGACAACUGCGACCGGCGGUUCUCUCGCAGCGACGAGCUCACCCGUCACAUUCGCAUCCACACGGGACAGAAACCAUUCCAAUGUCGGAUCUGCCUCAGGAACUUUAGCCGCAGCGACCACUUGACAACCCAUAUCCGUACCCACACCGGCGAGAAACCGUAUUCCUGUGAAACCUGUGGCCGUAAGUUCGCCCGCAGUGACGAGAGAAAGAGGCACUGCAAGAUCCAUCUUCGGCAAAAGGUCAAAAAGGAGUCAGAGCAGAUGAAAGGAGCCAGUUCAUGCAGUUACCAGUUACCUCAUACAUCCUCCUCCUCCUCCUCCCCAACGCCCUCCUGUUCAUUACCAGCAAGCACGAUAACUACCAGUGCAUCGUAGAGACAUUCAAAACAAUCUAAGCACCUGCUCAAAAACUUUGUAAAACUCUUUUUAACUUCCAAUAUCCAAUUGCAAACAGAGAUGAAAAUCUGCAGUAUUUAAACUACAGUUUUAAGGUAAACUGGUUUAUUCUUUGUAUUCACCUGAAUAUUCUCACACAAAAAAUACAAAGUUUCCCUCUUUCGGUGGUUGAUAGCAACCUGAAACUGAACUAUCUUUGUAUUUUAAUGACAGUUUUAUGUGUUAGAAAACGCAUUUGCAAAUGCGCAAUAUUAUGAAUGUGUACAAAAAAUUGUGUACAAAAUUUAAACUCGCAGCACACUUUCUCGGGACCAACUUGCUGAUAGUAGAAACUAGCACUUAUAAUGCUCAAUUGUUGAUGCAAAGUGAUUUCAUGUUCCUUCUCAUUUUUUCGCUCUCAAACACUAAACCUUUUCCUUUCUGGUGUAUUUCUCGUCAAACUGUAGUAUUUAGCAUCUUAAUGAUUAAAUCAAGCGCUUUGGGGAUGUUCACGGCUUUUAAGUGGUCAAAAGUAAUAAUGUCAUGUAUUUUCAAAAUGGGUUAAAAGUUUUCUUUGAUUUGAGCACUGAAAAUCACAUUCCUCGCGGCAAAAUCAUUUUAGCAAUGCACUCGUACAAAGCACAGAUCCUAUAGCACUAAUGGUAGUGAUGUAAUAAUCUUAUUACUUGAUUACACAAACCUUAAUUUUAGCGUUGAGUGUGCACUAUGAAAGACUCGUAUUCGAAUCAUUUUGCGAUUCCUCCUUCGCUUUUGCAUGUACACCUUUUUAUUUAAGAGCAAAGGAAUGAUACAAGAAACUCUUGCCAGCAAGGAAUGUUCGAAGACCUAAUACAGAAUUGUAAUGUAAUGCCGCCAUUUUGUGGUUAAUUUCAAUUUAAAAAGCCCGUCUGCAGCAGGAUUGCUCGAUGGUCAUAAUAAUCCAUAAAGUGGGAGCAGGUCUCCAUGUUGGGUGACCUAACAUGCAAUUACAACCAAAUAGUAAGAGUAAAAGGUUCAGAUACUUAAAUUGCUUUCGUUUGUACGUUUGUAAACAGAAAGAAGCAGCCUGCAGGUUCGGGUUUUAUUACUUUUUUCAUCCAACUAUUUUGCAUUUUCGUUUGAUAUGCCACCAGUAAAAAACCACUCCCACUCCCGCGAUGGAAAGCCUUUAUCACCGCUGUAAUUAAAGUUUCAUUUAAUUUCUGUAUCUAAAAAGGAAAAAAUACCUGAAGAAAUAAAAAAAAAUGCUAUAUGCUGAUUAUUUUGCUCUAAGAUUUGUGGUAAC